AUGGGAAAGCAGACAGAAGUUUCAAAGAUCACCAUCGUCGGCGCCGGUCCGUCUGGAUUGCUGUUGGGAAUCCUGCUGGCGAAACAAGGCAUCAAAGUUCAAAUUCUCGAAGCAGCCGCUGAUUUGGACAAGAACCCGCGCGCAGCUCAUUAUGCACCAUCUGCGGUCUAUGAAUUGAGCCGUGCAGGUGUUUUGGAAGACGUGAAGGCGCAAGGAAUUCAUCCCGAUGCGGUUUGCUGGCGCCACCCCGAUGGUACCUUUAUCGCCGGGAUUCGAAGUCGGUCGGACAUUGAGUUUCCGAUGGUUUGUCUCCCUCUGGAUCAGCUCGAUGCUAUUCUCCUUCGUCACUUCUUGGACCAACCGAACACGGAAGUGCUGUGGCGACACAAAGUCGUUUCGAUUGACCAAGAUGAGAACGAGGCAAGAGUUCAUGUUGAAACUCCAGACAGGAAUCUCACUUUCGGUGCCGAUUAUGUCGUUGGAUGUGACGGUGCAAACAGUCAGAUAAGACGGUCACUCUUUGGAGAUCUGAACUAUCCGGGGGAAACUCUGCAGAAACAGAUCAUUGCCACCAAUGUGUAUUAUGACUUCCAUCAAUUUGGAUAUUGGGACUCGAACUUCAUCAUCGAUGAGAAUGACUGGUACAUGGCGGCGAGAAUCACCAAGGAUGGGCUGUGGAGAGUGACAUACGGUGACAUCUGGGGCUUGUCGAACGAAGAGUACCUGGCAAGGCAACCUGCCCGAUUUGAGAAGAUCCUGCCUGGACACCCCAAACCGGGAGAUUACAAACUCGCAAGCGCAAGUCCGUACAAGCUUCAUCAAAGAUGUGCGGAUUCAUUUCGCGUUGGACGGUUCUUGCUGGCGGCCGAUGCCGCGCACUUGUGCAAUCCAUUUGGCGGUCUAGGAUUGACGGGAGGUAUUGCCGACGUGGGGAGUUUAUACGAUGCUCUCAUAGCCCUCAAAAAUCGACAAGCCGACGAUAGCAUUUUGGAUAAGUAUAGUGAAAUUCGGCGGAAGAAAUGGGCGGAAAUUAUCGAUCCAAUGUCGCGCGCCAACUUUCGCCGUGUCUGUCUCGAUGAGGCAGAGGCUGAGAGGAAUGAAUUCUGGGCGCUUUGCGAAAAGGCGGAAAAGGAUGACGAGUUAGCGCGACAGAUGGCUCAGGGAACAAACAUUUUGAGAGAGGAUUUCAAAGAGUAUUUGACUGCAUAA